AUAUAGCCGUUCUGUUUUAAAUAUUGCUAUAAAGGAAAAAGUGUAUUGUGCAGUAUGCUUUAUAGAAUUUUAUUUAUUGUUCUCAAUGUAAUUUUAGUGACACUAGCAGAACAUAAAAAUGAAGAAAGUUUCUGUGCUGAACAACAAAACUGUACGAGUUGCCUACAAACGAUCAAUUGUAUUUGGUGUUCUGACAAUAUUUCUCCACCCGUUGUUCGUUGUGUGACAAGAGAACGAUACGAAAAGGAAGGUGAAUUAUGGUGUGGAGAUAAAUCCAAAGCGAUAAGUGAUUCUUCUGAAGUGGAAUUUGUGGAAAAUCGUCCAAUUUCAAAUGGCAAAAACCGCGAUCCAGUACAGGUCCAGCCUCAAAAAAUUCGACUUCAACUUAGAAAAGGGGAAGAGAAACAUGUAUCUUUGAAAUACAGCCAAGCGGAAGACUAUCCGGUCGAUCUAUAUUAUCUCAUGGACCUUUCUGCAUCAAUGGAACCUUAUCGAGAUCAACUUUCAGAGCUUGGAUUUCAGUUAGCUGAUGCUAUGAGAAAAAUUACGUCCAAUUUUCGUCUUGGUUUUGGUAGUUUCGUUGACAAAGUUGUUCUACCCAUGACUCACACCCAACCAGAAAAAUUGGUGACUCCUUGCAUCCUUGCUCAAACUUCAAGGCCAUGUGCAACGCCUUACGGGUACAGGAACCAAAUGUCUUUGACAGAAGAUAUUUCACUUUUCAAGAUACGUGUGCAGCAGGCAUCAGUUUCUGGAAAUCUGGAUGCACCUGAGGGUGGAUUAGAUGCAAUGUUGCAAGCAAUGGUAUGCACCAAAGAUAUUGGUUGGAGACCUAGAGCUCGACAUCUUAUUGUAUUUUCCACUGAUGCUGAUUAUCAUAUUGCUGGCGAUGGCAAACUUGCAGGUAUCGUGGAACCAAAUGAUGGUCUUUGUCACCUGGACGAAGAUGGUUAUUACACUUUCUCUUUGUUUCAAGACUACCCAUCAAUUUCACAAAUCAAUAAAAUUGCUAGUGAGAACAAUAUCAACAUCAUCUUUGCAGUCCCAAUCCAACGAAAUUUAACAUACCAACUUUUGACUAAUAGCAUAAGUGGUUCGUCGAUUGGUCUCUUGGACAAUGAAUCGAAUAAUGUCGUUGCGUUAAUCAGAAAAGAAUACGAGAAACUGGUGAAUUCUGUGACGUUGACUGACAAUGCUACAAGAUCGAUUGACAUAAAAUACUUUUCGAAGUGUCUAAAAGAAACCGCAGAGCCUAAGGAAAGGCGUGAAUGUGGAGGCCUUCGUGUCGGUAAUACCGUCGAGUUUGACGUGGUUAUAAAGGCGCGAAAUUGUCCUGAGAACCGAGCCGAAUGGCAACAAAGUAUCCAAGUGAGGCCAACAGGCUUGCACGAAAGUCUCACCAUCGACUUGCAGCUAAUAUGUGACUGUCCCUGCGACAGAGGUGGUCAUCCGAGCAACGUACCGAACAGUCCAAUAUGUAGAGGAAAUGGAACUUUGGCAUGUGGUGUAUGUUACUGUAACGAAGGCUUUUAUGGCAAAUCUUGUGAAUGUAAAGGAAAAAUUCACGAUUCCAAUGAAGUUGAAGAUUGUAGUUCCAAUGGAGAUGACCAAAUUUGCAGUGGACAUGGAACUUGCAAAUGUGGAGUUUGUGAUUGUAACAAACGAAAUAAUCCACGAGAAGUUUUUUAUGGAAAGUAUUGUGAAUGUGACAAUUUUUCUUGCAAACGAAAUCAUGAAAAAUUGGUUUGCGGUGGACGAGGAAAGUGUGAAUGUGGCACGUGCAAUUGCCUUCCAGGUUGGACUGGUGAGACUUGCGAUUGCAAGGAAACUAAUAGUACGUGUAUACCAACGGAUAGUACGAGCGAGAUUUGCAGUGGUCAUGGUGAUUGCAUUUGCGGAAAAUGCCAUUGUCAACAGAAUGGAAAUAAACGUUAUUUGGGACAAUUUUGCGAAGAAUGCCCGACGUGUCCUGAUAAAUUGUGUGAAGAUUUCAAAGACUGUGUGGAAUGCGUUGCACAUAAAUCCGGACCUUUAGCUGGCAAAGAACAAUGUGGUGGAUUGUGUCAAGAAAUUGAUAUUGUGAAAAUUGUAGAAGAAGAAUCUACAGACAAUGAGACUGGAGCACAAGUAUGUAGAGUACCAGGUGAUGGUGGUUGUACGUUUGUAUUCAAAUAUACCUUAUAUAGACAAGGUGUAGGUGGUGAUAUGAAAAUCUAUGAAAUUUCUGCACAAGAAAGCAGAACGUGUCCUGAACCAGUUAAUGCCAUGGGAGUUGCGACAGGUGUAAUUGUCAGUACUGUAAUCCUCGGUCUUCUAGUAUUAUUAAUUUGGAAAGUCUUUACUGAAAUUCACGACAAAAGAGAAUUCGCAAAAUUUGAAAAGGAACGUGCAGAAGCAAAGUGGCAUCGGGAAGAAAAUCCUCUAUAUAAACAAGCAACAACCACAUUUACCAAUCCAACUUUCAAGAGUCUCAGCGCUUAUAACUAUGAGUAUUAAAAAAAUGUAUUAUGAAUAAGAAGUGAAUGUUAUUUUAUAAACAUUUCUAAAUAAUUGUAUAUUGUUAGUAGCUAUUUUGAAUUAGUUUAUUGUUGAUUUAAACUCAGAUUUAAUAUCCAAGAGAAUGCUCAAGAUUCAUUUGAAUCGUUUGUUUACAAAUUUUGCUUUAUGAAAUUAAUUAAAGUGUGAUAUAAGCGUCAUAAUAAAAUAAGACUUUUUUGCUCAUUUACUACACUCGUUCGCAAUUCCAAGAAUGUUUAUCUUCAUUAUAUAAGUGAAGAAAGUGUGAGAUCUUUUACGUCAAAGUAAGUGCAAAGAAUACAGGUAUUCUUGGAAAAAAUUGUACUUCAUUUUUGAACCUCACUCCUUAAUUAAGAUGUUUUUCUCAAGCCACGGUUUCGACAGAUGACCAUUACUUUUUUCUCAGAAUGUUUUGAAGUAAAGGAAGUACAGAGAAAGCCAUCCAUUUUUACUUUCAUACCUGUAGGCGGCCUUACUUUGGUUUGAAAAAAUAUUCUUAGAAUUGUUUCGAAUUAGCAGGUAUAGAAUAAAUGAAAUAUAAAAUUAAAAGU